CUCACCUCAUCUCUCUCUUUCUCUCUCUUCAUUUCUCACUCCCCUGCUUCUUACAUUACCUAGAGUCAAAUUCUCAAAUUCUCUUUUCAUCAAGCUGAAUAUUUCUCUUUCUUUCCUCCAUUCCUUCUGCAUCCCUCUUUCUUCUCUUCCUCCUGGCUUUCUUCCCUCUCUCCUCUCGGGCUUUCAGCUUUCCCCUGUGAGGUAUGAGGUAGAGGGAGAUUGUGUCUGGCUUCUUUCUCCUCUGUAAGCAACAGUGUGUUCAUCGUCUCCCCACGAGACAGACAAAGAGAGGAAGAGACGGAGAGGGAAAAAGAGGGAAAAUGGGCGUAUAUAAAGGGAAAAUGGGGAGAGUGUGAAAGGAAUUGAUAGAAUGACAGGAAGCCAGUGACAGAGAUCGAGUGAGAGAUAGAUCGAGAGGGAUAGUGUGUGAGAGAAAGAAAUAGAGAGAGAGAGAAAGAGAGAAAGAGAGAGAGACAGAUGGCUGUAAACCCAGGGGUGUCAGUGUUGCCAUACAGACAAAGGUAGCUAGCUCCGUAGUGCAUUUGCUCUCUCUCUCUCUCAUUCACACACACACACACACACUCUCAUACACACAGGCAUUACAACUGCGUAGGUGUCAGACUGAAGAGGAACAGAGUAGCGUCACGUUCAUAUCUUAACGGAAUCAGUUGUACAAGACACACACACAUAUAUACACAUACACUCAAUCAAUCGCACACACAAACUCUGUGUGUGGCCGUUAACAUGGGGCUCGUCAUGGGAACCUUUUCCAUGCAAUCCAAUAAGCAGGAUAGGACCUAUCGGAAAGAUAAAAUUGAUGAUGAUUUUGAGAUGAGCAUUGUGUGUCAUCGGCCAGAAGGGCUGGAUAAACUGGAGGCUCAGACCAACUUCAGCAAGAGAGAGCUACAAGUCCUUUACCGUGGCUUCAAAAACGAGUGCCCUAGUGGUGUGGUGAAUGAGGACACCUUCAAACAGAUAUAUGCCCAGUUCUUUCCCCAUGGAGAUGUCAGUUCCUACGCACACUACCUGUUUAACGCCUUUGACUCAGCACACAGCGGAUCCAUCAAGUUUGAGGACUUUGUCAUGGCUCUGUCCAUCUUACUGAGGGGUUCAGUGAGGGAGAAGCUGACGUGGACUUUCAACCUGUAUGACAUCAACAGAGAUGGCUACAUCAACAAGGAGGAGAUGACAGACAUCGUCAGAGCGAUAUAUGACAUGAUGGGGAAGUAUACAUACCCAGCCCUGAAGACAGACACUCCCAAACAACAUGUGGAUGCUUUCUUCCAGAAGAUGGACAAGAACAGAGAUGGAGUAGUCACUCUGGAUGAGUUCAUUCUGUCCUGCCAGGAGGAUGAAAACAUCAUGAGGUCCCUGCAGCUUUUCGAAAACGUCAUAUAGAUGAAACAGAGAAAAGGAGUGGAAAAGAGACACAGUGGGAAAAUGAAAGAGGGAUGGGAAGAGACCUUUGAACUGUGAGAAGGAAGAGCAGCCCGCCAUUUAAUGGCAAAAAGGGACACACAUAAACUUUGUUGUCACCAUGGUUAUGAGAGGUACUCAACACUGGCCGCCCAGCAACAGCUAUAUGCAUCUGUCAUGUGGCACAGUGUCUCACCAUCACCUUACCAUGGCAGUGACCAAUCAACAGGCUGGGUUAUGACCCUUCCCAUUGACCUCUGACCCCCUGUACCUGUUUUUGAUCUUCCUGUGACCCUGUAACCUUUCACCCCUGGUCCGACCUCUCUCAGUCUUGUUCUGUUGAUGUUGACAUUGUUGUUAUGGUUACUGUUCUCUCCGAGAGUGUAUAUAACACCUGUUAAUGGACAUACUGACAUUAUAGAGACAUACACACAGAUUAAGACAUACACACAUACCUACACUGUCUCAGGCCGGGAUUCAAUCCGAGGCGCACUAUAAAGCAAUCUCCGCGAACGUUGGGGAAGUUGCCCUUAAAAGUUGCAUUGUCGGCAGUCAGUGCGCUGCUCAAUAACACACCUUGGAUUGAAUCCUGGCCUCAGUCUCACCACAAAUACAGUUUACAAAUACACAUUAAGUACAUUUCCUGUGCAUUUUCAUUUGUAGAAUUCAUAUGAUCUGUAUUUGACUGCAACAUAUUAAGAAAUAUACAUUUAAACCAAGUCAGUCCUAACCCUGCUAAAUGCACCACUCCUACUUUAUGUGUGUUAGUGUUAGUGUUAGUCAAUGUUUUUCGUGUUGUUGUGCCUUGUGUCAUUGUGUUUUUGGCUUCUAUCUUUCUGUCUGCACUGAGCUCUGUUGAUCUGUCUCUUUGUCUAUCAAUCUGGCCAGACGAUAUUCCUGCCCACAGAGCCUGGAUUGGAUGUUCUGUGGCCUAUGACAGAAAUAUACAAUAGUAAAAACGUAUUACGUCCAAUUUUGAAGUAGCACUGAGCGAUUAACCGACAUUUUUUGUUUAUUUUUUGUUUGUAAAUAACUAAUUGACUGACGGUGGUUCAAUUAUUUGAAUUCCAUUUAGUUCGGGGGUUUUCCUGUGCGUCAUUUGUGCCAUUUCUCUAGAGAGAUUUCUGUCUGGGACAUGUUGUCCAACUCAUCAGAGUUAAGCGUCGAAAACGUGGUAAUGAACUACAAUGACCAGAAUCCAUUGCCUACAGCUAGCUGCCUGUUCUCAUUGGUUCUUUGCCGGGCAAGCCUGUGGGCCGACAGACAGACACUGAGGAAGAGCGAUAGAGAGAUAGGAGAGGGAUAGAAAGCGGUUGCUUGGGUAUCUCUACCCGACAAUACAUCUAAUUGAUUGAUAGUUGUUAUUUAGCAGUGUUAAAAAUAUGCCUUAUCUACUUGAAAUAACUACUUAAAAAUUGAUUUCAUCAGACAGCCGGCAGCUAGCCAGCUAGGCUAGCCUACUAUCCUGAAGGAUGACUCUUUGGGGAGCACAGAGAUAGAUGGCUGGCUGGCUGCUACUGCCUGAGCAGAGAUGAGAUGAUGACUUGGAAUAAAAUAUUAAGUCAUCAAAUAAAAAUAUACACAACAAUUGAAAUAUUUUAUUAAAGUAAUGUGAAUAAAGAAUGGUUUGUUGAAAAGUGAUAUGCAGUAAUGGCCAGUCACUACCAUCAUUGGGAUUUUAUUAAUGAAAUAAUAAAGUCAUCACCAUACUAAAAACAAAUAUGUAAUAUACACAACCAAAAUAUUUAAGUAAAGUAAUGUGAAUAAAUUAUGGUUAGAUUCUAAUAACUGAUAGUUAUAGGCUGUCACUCACUACUGUCAAUUGUUUUAUUCAUUGUUGUUACAGCAUUGAACACAUAAUGCAUUUAUUGUUUAAAAAAAUAUGAAAAAAAUUAACCUAAAUUGAAAACCGUGAUUCUUUUUCCAAAAACAAACCAAAACUGAACAGGCUUCAAAAAGCACUAAUUGCUCAGCACUAUUUUGAAGUGUAUUCUUAUGUUUGUUUUGUGCCAAUAUGGGUGUGUGCGUGGUAUCCUGUGGGACAUUACGACUGUACAGUAACAACUCUCAAGACAAUACCCAACCACUCACUGUGAGAGAGA